UGGUUAAAGCUCGUUGUUUUCAUCGCUUCGGCCUUUUCUUCCUCCGAGUUGAUGACGAAGACGGAAAUGAAAACAGGAAAACAAUUGACACCGACGACAAAACAAACAAACAAACAAACAAACCCGGAAGCGGAAAUAGUGCAAGAAAGCCAGGGAGAGUGAGAGAGGGGGACAGACAAACCCUUUCUCUUGGAAGGAACCCAAGGCCGGGAUGGUCACAAAACCACUGAUAAUAGCAACUCAAUCUUGGCACUGGAUGUAUUGUUACCUAGCCCCACCUGGGUGAUCAUGAACGGAAGCACAGUGCCAUUGUCACCAGUUGGGGGAGGGAUGGUGGGAGAACCUGCCUCUCUCCCCUCCUUGGGUUGGCGGGAAUUCUGUGAAGUCCAUGCUCGCGCUGCCGCAGUUGAUUUUGCCCGUCGUUUCCGGACUUUCCUUGGCGAGAACCCCCAAUUUGCCACCCCAGGAGCUGAAGCUGCUUUCUCACACCGCUUUGCAGAGCACUUCCUGGAACAUUUUGAGGCUGAAGUGAGCAGGGCUUACACCAGUGACUCGCCACCCCGCUGUGACAUUGCCCCUUUCACUGGUUGUUCUUCUGCACGGGACCUCUCUGAGACCUGCAGUGACUCCUCGGUGGCUUCCCCUGUUGAGCCUCCAUUGGGCCCACCCUCUGGCCUCUCUAGCAGCCAGUCCCGCAGCUCUGAAGAUGUUUCUACUGUGGCAGCCGUUACUGCUACGAAGCCAAAGCUGAAGAAGCGCUUUUCUUUGCGCAAUGUUAGCCGCAGUGUCCGAGGUAGUGUACGUGGCAUUCUGCAGUGGAAGACUUCAGCUGAAUCAUCCUCUGGUGGUGGAGACGGGACACCCACUGGAGCCAACAGUAAUUCCAAUUCUUCAGGGGGUGGUGACUCAGAGCGUUGGACUCACCGAUUUGAACGUCUUCGGCUCAACAAAGCCUCUCCAGCCACUCUCCGAGUUGAACUAGCUAGUGUGCGCCGGGAAGGCCUACUGAACUACAUUGUGGCUGAUGAUGGUUCAGGCGGGGGCAGUAGAACACGCUGGCAGAAAUGCCGUCUUCUCCUGCGCAAAGCAGGGAAGGGAGAAGGGGAGGGUUACCUGUUGGAGUUCUACAUCCCACCAAAGGCAGCAAAGCCACGGGUCAGCAUUGCUUGUUCCUGUGUAAUGGAUGUACGGACAACAACUCCACUGGAGAUGCCAGACAAAGAGAACACUUUUGUGCUGAAGCUGUCAAGUUCCUUGGAGUACAUCCUUGAAACUGUUGACUCACUGCAGAUGCGAUCAUGGUUGGCUGACAUUCAGGAAUGCAUGGGCCUGGGAGAAAGUACUGAUAGCCUGGAGCAGCCAUGCAUGAACCACUCUGAUAGCAUGCCCAGCCGGGAACUUCCCAUGGUGCCCAGUGAGAGCAAUGAACAGCUCAGCCAAGGUGCCUAUGGUGGACUGAUGGAACGGCCCUCGGUCUCCAUGUCUCCCAGCUCAGUCUCUAUUGCUGCCUCACACUUUGAUUCAAUGGAGCUGCCUCCUCCUCCUCAGCUGCUGCCUCGGGUGCCAGUCAAUGAAGGGCAAUUUUCUACUGGCUUCCUCCAUACAACUUUCCCUGAAACCCCUGAAACCACAGGUUCCUUCCUCUUUCAAGGGGAACCUGACCCAGGCGGAGGUAGUCUUGGUGACACUGAACACCCACUCUCUGAAUAUCCAUGGUUCCAUGGCACCCUGUCUCGUCUCAAGGCCGCCCAGCUGGUGUUGGCAGGAGGUGCAAACAGCCAUGGUGUCUUCUUAGUGCGUCAAAGUGAGACACGGCGAGGUGAAUAUGUCCUGACCUUCAAUUUUCAGGGAAAAGCCAAGCAUCUGCGCCUCUCCCUGAAUGAAGAAGGGCAGUGCCGUGUUCAGCAUCUCUGGUUCCAGACUAUAUUUGACAUGCUGGAGCACUUCCGGGUCCACCCCAUCCCCCUCGAAUCAGGGGGCUCCAGUGAUGUGACGCUUGUCAGCUAUGUGGUUGCUUCACAAAGGCUGCAUGAGCCGAACAUCUCUCGUAACCUGCCACUGCCACCUCCUCUUCCUCCAGCCCGGCCACCUCAUGCUCCUCUGGACCAUGGAUUGCCGGAGUCUAAAGGGCAGACUGAAGAGGAAGCACAGAUGGAGCCAGAGGUGGACGAGGGAGCAUCUGUGAGAGUCGGGGGAUCCCUUCCUCUGCCAGAGGAGUCAGAAGGGAGAGCCAGGGCUGUGAACAAUCAGUACUCAUUUGUUUGAAUCCAGUGGUAAUGCGGGGGGAAAAAAGGGAACAAGCCCUUUUACUCUAACCAUUACUAGAUGGAAGAUCUGAUGCUGACCAUAGGUACCAUUGAUGGGUUUGAACACCCAACAGACUUCUAGACUUUCCUUGUGAAAUCUUUGAGGUGGGGUUGGACGUCAUCCCCUCAGUUUUUCCUGCCCCUUUUCCCUGGGUAUGGAGCAAGCCUCACUUUUGCUUAUCCCCUUUCCCCACCCAAUCUAGGUACAUGACCCUCUUGGGGUUCUUGCUAUCAGCUUUCAACCCCUUAGUCUGCACUACUUUGGUCCUGUUUGGGUUGUUGAGAAAUUGAUCUGUCAUUUCCCUGUUUCCUCCUCUUCCUCCUCAUACCCCUUCCCUUUCUUCAAGCCUCUGCAGUUGGAUAGUCCACAAGAAACACUACCUGGAGGAAAUGGGAGUGGUUGUAACUCCAGGAUAAAUGUUGACUUCCAUCAUUUGUACCCCUGCCUUUCAUGGUGAAUGUAUGGAGUUUCUGAAUGUAAAUCCUUUCCCCUUGAAGUUUCCUCUUGUGGGGGAAAGUUGGCUGCUUUUUUCCCCAAUUCGAAUAUAUAUUUAUAUUCUUUUUUCCUGCUUUCUUCCCCUCCAAAUCAUGGGAACUGGUCACUUAUUAAACAGUCUACAUCCCAGGGAAUUGCAUCAUGCUAUGAAAUACUUUGGGAAGACUGUUCCCUUCUUCUUAUUCCCACUGCUCCCCUCCUUCUCUUCUUCUUUUAAGAUUUAUUUUUCUACUGUGGACUAGUUGGACUGCUCAGGCCCCCCUGCCUUUUCAAUUUUUUUCUCUCCCUUUUUUAAUUAUUCUGGGAUACAGUUCUGUGUUUUGUUUAUGGGGGGAGUUUGUAUAAAAAAAAAUAAAGGAAACAUCAUUUUACCUUUUUAAAGUGAACUUUUUAAAGAAAAAUAUAGUAAGUAAAAUUAAUAAAAACUGAAAGGCGGGCGGGGUGAGCAGCUUGUUUAUUUUGGGGUAAAAUGAAUAUUUUGUCAGGUUUCCUUUUGAACUAAUUUUCCUGCCUUGAUUGGUAAAUAUGGAAUCAAGUGAAGAUAUUACUUUACAUUUACAGUAGUCGCUUAAAGACGUAAUUGGGGACAGCAACUCUGCCACUAAACAAAGUGAUCCCUAAGUGGGGUAACCACAAACUCACAUCACUACAGUUGCUUUUCAGCCAGAAAGGAUCAAGAUGAGUCAGUUUCAUAUCUUUGAUUAGGGUUUGGUUUGGUUUGUUUGCCUCCUAAGCAGUCCCCAAAUGCUGGAGUGCUAUUUUAUUGUUUUGAAAGUAAUGUGAUUUCAUCACAGUCCAGGUUUUGAAUGCUGCAGAUGUUUUGUGCAAACAGCUUACAGUGUUUUCUUGAUAUCUGUUUCUCUCCAGUCUCUGCUUUGAUGGGGGGGAGGAAUGAAAAAAAGCAAGUGAUUUCUGCAUGCAAUCUCUCCUUUGUCUGACCCUUUCCUGCUGCCGGGCUAUCGAUAUGUGGAAGAACAAACUGAUAUUUCCUUUUUGAAAUCUUUUCCUCUCCAAUCUCCCCUGCAGAGGUUGGAGAAAGGGUCAGACAAGAGAGAGAUUAUGAUCACAUUGCUUUCGAUCUGUAGAAAAAGAAACAGCUUACUCCCUUGAAACCCCUCUCCAAUUUCUCUUUUCUGUAAGGGGGGAAAAUACAAUACAAUUCUUUUUGACUCUAACGGUGAUCAUUUCGCUGAAGGACACUGCAUAGGUCAUAAACAGUUGUACAUGAGCUAUAAAAUUAUUUUUCCAGCACCCUUGUGCAGUAUGUUUGUACAGUUGCUGGAUGAAUGAUCACUAAGCAAGGAUUACCUAUAUAAUGCUUGAUAAUCAUCAGGCUUCAUAUAUAAGCCUCCUCUUAGUCCCAUAUUGAUUGUUGAUUGCUUAAUGGAGAUUUCUCUGAUUUUUCUCCGUAACAGUUUUAAAGUGUUUUGCGUUGACUCUUCUCAAUCUGCAGCGAUUGAAUGAAGGAAUAGGGUACAUCUGAAAAGAUUCUACCUUGGGUGAAAAAUACUCCUGAAAUAUGUCCCUCCUUUUAAAAAAAUGGGGGAGUAGGAAGUGGCUGAAUUCACACAAAGUGCCAAAUUAAAAUAAUAAAUAGCAUUGUGGCUUAGUCUGGAAGUUGAGCCAUGGCAACUGGAUUUAUUUUCCUUUGUUUGGUUGAGAUGUUUCGCUGCCCAUCCAAGCAGCUGCUUCUGUAUGAGCUGAGGGGAAUCUGAGUAGGCAGAGAGUCAUUGGAAUGUACCAACUCCUAAAAUGCUUAGGGCUACUCCUGUGCCAAAUUCAGUUUUUUUCCCCCAGAGUGUGUGGCAAUACAUCGAUGAAGAUUCUCAGUCAUCCAGGUAGAAUUGGGGUUCUACCCUUAUGGCUUCUUCCUUACAGUGCACAGCAGUUUUAUCUGAAUGACACAGAAUCAUCAUCGGUAUAUUGCCAUACACCUUGGUGAAGAAAUCUGAGGUUGGCGCAGGAAUAGCCCUAAGAAUUUUAGUAGUUGGUACAUUCCAACUCUGCCUACUCAGAUUCCCCUAACUAACUUGCUCAGCCUGAAGAAGCUGCUUGGAUGGGCAGUGAAACAUCUCAAAAAAUAAGAAAAUAAGUUCAGUUGCCGUGACUUAAUUUCCAGACAAUCCUAGUACAUGACUGAGAAUCUUCAUCAACAUCUCAUAGCUUAGUGCAUUGUGUGAACUCAGUCAUCAGUUUUGGGGACUGUGUGCAAGAUGGACUACCUUGGAGAUGGGCUCAAGUAGUGUUGGUGUGUGACAAAUUUAAUGAAUGGUGUGUGUAUGUGUGUGUGUGUGUGUAGGGAGCAGAAUUCAGAAGUUGCUAUUAAUAAUUAUCUUGAAGUAAGAUGGUAUCUGCUUGGAAGCAAGGGGUUGGCAUAAAAGGAACAGUAAAAAAAUAUGAAUGGAGCCCAGUUGGAUGAGAAAAUGAACCUUUGAAAAGCUGACCAUGAAAAUAGUACAGUAACAUAAUUGUCUCUAGCUUUGUGCUUUCCUGAUGUGUUUCCUUGAAGCUUUCAGGAUUCCUACCCUACUUUUUGUUGACCAGUACUUUCAAAGUUGCAAUUCCAGAAAGUGCCAGGUUGAAGAUGGCAACUCCACAGAUGCUGUUAGAAUUUGUGAGCUGUCCAGACGAAUCUUUCUUCCCAGUAUCUAAAGGCUGCUUCUGCUAGAUUCUAUUUUUGUUGCUUUUAAAAUAGUUCUACUUUGUGUUCCAUGAAUUUUCAAGAAAGCAUUCAGAUUUCCAAAAGCUAAUUAAAAUACCAUGUUGUAAAUUUAAUAAAGCAACUUUUAAUUAAAAAAGGAAA